UGUGUGUGUGUGUGUGUGUGUGUGUGUGUGUGUGUGUGUGUGUGUGUGUGUGUGUGUGUUUGAAAAGGGUUCUAACGACACAUAAAACAUGUUAAUGCAAAUAUUUUAGACCCGACAGUCUGAUGCAGACGAUGCAUGUUGUCAGACUGUGAAGCUGCUUCACAAUAACUGAGUUAGAAUCAUCAUCAUCAUUUACCUGGUUGUUAUUUACAGCAUUACACAGUUCUGAUGGUGUUUGGUGGAGUGUUGUUCUUCGAGUGAAAAUAAAGUUUAUCGUCAAUAAUCUGAAGUCAAAGUGGUUCAUGUCUGGACCUCGUCGGUGAGAACAGAGUGGGAGAAGACGCUGCUGUGAAGUUAAAGCACUGUGUGGGUGGAUGUUAAUGUUUCCAGCCGUCGUCUCUCUGUGGAUCAACACUGCAGCUUCAACUCAGCUGAUGCUCUGUAAUGAGCUGGUUACAGCAGCUCAGACGUCUCUCCCUCCUCUGACCUUGAUUUAUCAUUGAUUACUGAUCAACCUGCUGAUGUUCUUCUUGUUUGGAUCAAUGGGUUCAUUGUCAGGAAGUACUGAAAAACAUCCAACCUGGUUUUCCAGGAUCCUUCUCCAGUUCGACCAACAGUUCAAAACCUCCAAAAUGUUCAGUUUAAAAAAUCACAGACACCUUCAGAUUCAGACGGACUGGGUUUUAUAUGUCGCACAGAUAAGAAACAAAUCCAGACAGUUCAUCACUCUGAGGACAUGAAGGGACUGUUUCACUGAAAAAACCUUCAUUCUCAGAGAAAACCCCUGGAAAACCAGGGUUCUCUGUUUCGUGACUUUUAAAACUGUAAAGCUUUCUUACUGAAGAGCAGAUGAACAGGGUUUUCACACCAAACAAAUGUGAUAUUACAAAGAGAAAUCGUCACGUUUAAGGGCUAAAUUCAGCAGAUGACUGUCUGACCUCCAUCGUCCACUGGGAUUAUGUUACUGAUGGGAGGUGGAUAAAUACAACAUCAUUAGUUUUCCUGAAGACAAAAAUGGAGUAAACGCUGUUGAAGCUCCACUGCAGCCUUGUCUCCAAAUGAAUGUGGAGACACAGUUGAGCUCAUGCUGAGAGCGAGGCCUGGAGAAGAUGUCCUCCUUCAGUGUCAGGGUCCCAGAGACUCUCCUAUCACACUGUUAGAGUGGAUCAGACCUGACCUGAGGGCACACGGUCACGUCUUCUUCUACCGUAACAACCAACUUUAUAAAAACUACCAGCUUCCGUUGUUUCGUGGUCGAGUGGAGCUGAGAGAUAAAUCCAUGAAGGACGGAGACGUCGCUGUGAUUCUGAGGAACGUCAACGUCAAAGACACUGGAACGUACGUGUGUCGAAUUAUCACCAACAGGAUGGAACUCAAUGGCAGAACACAGACUGUGGUCAUGAGCGUCAUCAACCUGUCAGUUUCAUAUCCAGGUAACAACGCUGGAGGACACAUGGUCAGAGGGAACCAGGGUCUUGGACUGAUAGUGGGUCUGAUUGUUGGCGUGCUUAUCGUUGUUGGUAUUGCCAGUAGUUUUUGUGUGAACUUAUUAAAAGCUAAGAGACGGACACAGCGGACUUCACGGCGGUCCUCAGGUGAGAUGAGUUGUGAUGGUGAAGACAGUCAGGUGGUGUGACCUGUAACUAUCUGCUGCUGUUACAGAGAAACAGGAACAUAUGUUUUAAAGGGUCCGUUCACUCAAAAACACGUUUUAAAACCAAAACUGACUGAGAUUCAUGAGCGAGGUCCUGAACCACGAGGACGAACUGAACCUUUCCAGCAACAAACAAACUGGAGAGUAACUUUUCUGUACUGACUUUAAAUGUAUUAAACUAUAUAGCUGUCGUAGUAAACAGAUCACAGUUGCUAUUUCAUAUCAUUGAUUUUAUGUUUUACUGUAAUUUCACAGCUUUUUACACCAAUGUGACUUUUUUCUUCUGUUUCAUGUGUUAAAUGUUUUUUCAGGAAUAAAUACAUGUAUAUUUUUAA